CUGACCGUGGCUUUCUCUCGCAGCCCCCGCCAGCCCCACGUGUGCAGCAUCACGCCAGGCCGCCUGCGGGGAUGGCUGCAUCCCCAUCUCAUGGCUCUGCGAUGGAGAGCAGCAGUGUCCAGACGGGACGGACGAGCUAUGCGAUGCUCCCUGCGGCGGAGACCCCCACGUCUGGCAAUGUGAUGACGGCCGGUGUGUUGCCAGCAGCUGGCGCUGUGACGGUGCUGCCGACUGUCCAGAUGGCUCUGAUGAGCAGGACUGUGUAUGUGGAGCGAAGAAGCUGCAGUGUCCUGGCACCCACCACUGCAUCCCGCACUGGGAGCUGUGUGACCGGCACCAGGACUGCGAGGAUGGCUGGGAUGAAGAGGGCUGUCCCCUGCAGCCUUGUCUGCCUGGGCAGUGGCAGUGCAGGAACCGGGUAUGCAUUGUUGCCGAGUGGAAGUGCAAUGGGGUUGAUGACUGUGGUGAUUCCUCGGAUGAAGACAUCUGCGCCCCCUGCCCACCUGGCAUGGUGCGGUGCGAUGAGGGGAAGUGCAUCCUGGAAUCCCUGAUGUGCAAUGAUGAGGAUGACUGCCUGGAUGGCACUGACGAGCCCAGCACCUGCGGACGAAGCUGCUUUGUGCGCAAUGGGGGCUGCGCAGAGUCGUGCACUGACACACACUGGGGUGUACAGUGCUCCUGCGGGUCUGGCUGGGUGUUGCAGGCUGAUGGGCAGAGUUGUGCUGAUGUGGAUGAGUGCUCCCUGGAGUACAGCCCCUGUAGCCAACUGUGCAGGAACACGCCAGGAACUUUCAGCUGUGCCUGCCUCGAGGGCUACCUGCUGCGGCACAGCACCCUCUGUGAAGUAGCAGACAACUCAACACAACUCCUGGUGGCCGUUGGGGAAGACCUGGCUCUUCUGGAUGUGCGGACCCAGGCAUACCGCCCUGUGCUCUCCACUGAGGCCGAGCUCCGUGCCCUGGUGUAUGAUCUUCUCCGUGAAACCUACUACUGGCUGACAGAGGAGGGCGAGCUCUGUGCACGCCUACCGGGGAAGGAUGUGCAGCUCCUCUAUGCAGAUGCCGGAGAGGUGAACAGCAUCUCCGUGGACUGGUUCACGGGGCAGUUGUACUGGGCCAGCAGCCAUCCUGCAGCCAUCUACGCAGGGCUGGGUGACGGCCGUGGCUAUGUGACAGUGCUGGGGAAGGAUGUGGCACCAGAGCAGCUGACAGUGUACCCAUCUGCCAGGUCCCUCUAUUGGGUCAACCGUGGGCUGAGAGGCCGGACAGUCAUUGCUGCAGCGGGCAUGGAUGGCUCAAACCGUCAGGAGCUCACAGUGGUGUCCAUGGAGGAGCCUGUAGGGCUCAGCCUGGACCACGUGGCUGGGAGACUGUACUGGAUCAGUGAAUACAAGGAGUCCAUCGAGACGCUGCGGGUGGAUGGCAGUGGACGCCACUCCUUCCCUGCUGUCCUGCGGAGCCACACAGAGCCGCUGGGCCUGGCUGUAUUUGAGAGCCGCUUCUUCUGGGCUGAUGGCACCGAGCUGGUGUCAGCCAGCCAGGCCUCUCCACAGGAACAUGCCGUACUGCUCCGGGCCCCUGUUUCGGCCUUCACUGUGCUGCAUGCACUGCAGCAGCCACCACGAGACACUGCUGCAUGCGCUCCAGGCUUGUGCAGCCACCUCUGCCUUCUGUCCCCUGUGCACCCUCGAGGCUACAAGUGUGCAUGUCCAGAGGGACUCUACCUCCAGCCCUCAGGGAAAUGCACAGAGCUGUCCAUCAUGUACUCAUCGAGGACAGCCAUCUCCCUGCUGCAGGUGGGCCCUGGAACACACAGCCGACAGGUGCAGGAGUGGCACCUUCCACCUGCCUUCCACCUGCAGGAUGUAGACUGGCAGAGGUCAGUGCUCUAUGGGACAGAUGACAGUGGGGCACUGCUGCGUGUUGUGGGACACCCUGGGAAGCGAGAGACCAUCGUGACCGGGCUGCCGGUCUGCUCUGCCCGUGUGGACAUCCGCUCAGGGAACCUGUACUGGCUCGCAUGUAACCGGAGGGACAUCGGAGUGACCAAGGUGUCUGACCUGACCCCACGCAUCCUGCACCGUGCUCGCAGCAGCAUCCAGCACCUCUUCUUGGACUGGCAGCGAGGAGCUCUCUACUGGCUGGCCCGUGGGCAGCCCCUGCAGCAGCUGAGUCUGUCUGGGGGAAGCCCAUGGGAUGCUUGGAACGAGACGUGGCCUGGAGAGCUGCCUGCGGCCAUGGAUAGCAAGGCCUUCAGCCUGCUCUGGAGCUCAGCCCUAGGCCUGAAAGCACUGAGUCUGACCAAACAGAAAGCAGUCACCCUGGCACCUGGCUGGUCUCAUGGCCUUGUGGCUGCCUUUGAGCCCUACUUGGUUGCAGUUAAUGAGACGGCUCUGCUGCUGUGGGACCGGAGGACACUGUCUCUUGUGCUAUCUGUGCCAGCAACAGGCGUGCAGGGUGUGGUGGCAUUCGUGGGCUCAGAGCUACAGGAAGUGCCAGCAAGCAAAGGACCUGCCCUGCCACUUCCUCCACCUGUGAUCACCACUACAAGGACAACCACAGCUACCACAUCUGCUCAGCCCACCACCUCCACCACACGGCUUUCACUGAGAAAGACCACUGCUGCGCCUACCAUGCCUGCAACAACCACCAAGGCUACUACAACACUGACCACCACCAGCCUGUCCACCCCAACCAAAACCACCACCACCAGGCCAUCCACCACAACCACCUCUGUACCAACCACCACAUGGACCACUCCAAACAAAACCAUCACUGUCUAA